GCCAAGGGACCGGUGGAGACGCAGGGACUAGAUGCAGCGGGCGGGGUUUUUUAUGUCUUUUACCCAGUUUGGUCCUGAGGAGAUUUAGAUAACGUGGGGAAAAAAUCCAGUAUGGCAAGCCUGGUGAGGAAGAUGCUAGAGCAGACAAAGCUGUUCGGUGAUGUGAAAGGACCACCAACACACAGACUGUCCUGUGGCCAGUCCCCCUACACCGAAACGACAACAUGGGAGAGGAAAUACGGCAUCCUGACAGACAGCCAGCUGGUGCUGCUCAACAGGGAGAAAGAGGUGCCUAUCGAUGGGGUCCAGGAGCCUCAGGAUGCUACCAAAGGGCGCUGCCUGCGCCGGACGGUGAGCGUCCCCUCCGAGGGCCAGUUCCCCGACUACCCACCAGAGGGGGCCUCCAAACUAGAGGUCCCAGCAGAGAGAUCUCCUCGCAGACGGAGCAUCUCCGGGACCAGCACCUCUGAGAAAACCAACUCCAUGGAUGCUUCGAAUACUUCUCCUUUCAAAGUGCCAGGCUUCUUCAGUAAACGUCUGAAAGGGUCCAUCAAGCGGACAAAGAGCCAGUCAAAGCUGGACAGGAACACGAGUUUCCGCCUCCCGUCUCUCCGCAGUGCUGAUGACAGGUCACGUGGGUUGCCAAAGCUGAAGGAGUCCCGUUCCCAUGAGUCUUUACUGAGCCCAGGCAGUGCUGUGGAGGCCCUGGAUCUUGGGUCAGAAGAAAAAGUCUUUGUCAAACCACUUCACAGCAGUAUCCUUGGACAAGACUUCUGCUUUGAGGUAACCUGCUCCAGUGGCAGUAAAUGCUUCAGUUGUUCCUCUGCAGCAGAGAGGGACAAGUGGAUGGAAAACCUACGCAGAACAGUGCAGCCAAAUAAGGACAACUGCCGCCGAGCUGAGAACGUGCUGCGUCUGUGGAUCAUUGAGGCAAAGGACCUGGCCCCCAAGAAGAAAUACUUCUGUGAGCUGUGCCUUGAUGACACCCUCUUUGCCCGCACCACCAGCAAAACAAAAGCAGACAACAUCUUCUGGGGAGAGCACUUUGAGUUCUACGGCCUGCCCCCUCUUCACAGCAUCACGGUUCACAUCUACAAGGAUGUGGAGAAGAAGAAGAAAAAGGACAAGAACAAUUACGUAGGCCUGGUCAACAUUCCCAUGGCCAGUGUAACCGGUCGCCAGUUUGUGGAAAAAUGGUACCCAGUCAGCACACCUACACCCAACAAGGGGAAAUCAGGGGGACCUUCCAUUCGGAUCAAGUCCCGUUACCAGACCAUCACCAUCUUGCCCAUGGAGCAAUACAAAGAAUUUGCAGAGUUUGUUACCAGCAAUUACACCAUGCUCUGCUCCGUGCUGGAACCUGUGAUCAGCGUGAGGAACAAGGAGGAGAUGGCGUGUGCUUUGGUGCACAUUCUUCAGAGCACUGGGAGAGCUAAGGACUUCUUGACGGAUUUGGUGAUGUCCGAGGUGGAUCGUUGUGGCGAGCAUGAUGUCUUGAUCUUCAGGGAGAACACACUUGCUACCAAAGCUAUUGAGGAAUACCUAAAGUUGGUAGGGCAGAAGUAUCUUCACGAUGCACUAGGGGAGUUUAUCAAGGCUUUGUAUGAGUCAGAUGAAAACUGUGAAGUGGAUCCCAGCAAAUGUUCUCCCAGUGAAUUAACAGAUCAUCAGAGCAACCUGAAAAUGUGUUGUGAGCUGGCCUUCUGCAAGAUUAUCAAUUCCUACUGCGUGUUCCCUCGUGAGCUGAAGGAGGUGUUUGCAUCUUGGAAGCAGCAGUGCCUGAGCAGGGGCAAGCAGGACAUCAGUGAACGCCUGAUCAGUGCCUCCCUCUUCCUCCGCUUCCUGUGUCCCGCCAUCAUGUCCCCCAGCCUCUUUAGCCUCAUGCAGGAAUAUCCCGACGACCGGACAUCUCGCACCCUCACGCUUAUUGCUAAAGUCAUCCAGAAUCUCGCCAAUUUUGCUAAGUUUGGGAAUAAGGAAGAGUAUAUGGCCUUCAUGAACGACUUCUUGGAACAUGAGUGGGGAGGAAUGAAGCGUUUUCUCAUGGAGAUCUCUAAUCCAGAUACCAUCUCAAACAUGCCUGGAUUUGAGGGCUACAUCGACCUGGGCAAAGAGCUCUCAGUUUUGCAUUCCCUCUUGUGGGAGGUUGUGUCCCAACUUGAUAAGGGUGAAAAUUCCUUCCUACAGGCGACCGUGGCAAAGCUGGGGCCUCUUCCUCGCAUUCUCGCGGAUAUCACCAAGUCAAUGACCAACCCUACGCCGAUCCAGCAGCAGCUGAGGCGUUUCACCGAGCACAGCUCUAGUCCAAAUGUCAGUGGCAGUCUCUCCUCAGGGCUUCAGAAGAUAUUCGAGGACCCCACUGAUGGUGACUUGCAUAAGAUGAAGUCUCCAACCCAGGAAAGUGUUGACGGAUAUUUUAGGGGCAAGACCUUACUGCUGGUUCAGCAGGCGUCCACCCAGAGCAUGACUUACUCAGAUAAGGAUGAAAGGGAAAGCCUCUUGCCUAAUGGGCGUAGCAUCUCUCUCAUGGACCUCCAAGACCCUCACACAGCUCACAGUGCUGACCACACUUCCAUUAUGCACGAUGUGCCUUUGCGCUUGGCGGGCAGCCAGCUCUCCAUCACACAGGUGGCCAACAUCAAACAGCUGUGGGAAACUCAGAGCACACCCCAGAGUGCUCCCCAGGUGAGGAGACCUCUGCACCCUGCUUUGAACCAGCAGGGCAGCCUCCAGCCCCUCUCAUUCCAGAACCCGGUUUACCAUCUCAACAACCCAACCCCUCCAAUGCCCAAGGCCUCUGUGGACUCCAGCCUGGAAAACCUGAGCACUGCCAGUUCCCGGAGCCGAAGCAACAGCGAAGACUUCAAACUUAGUGGACCCAGUAACAGCAGCAUGGAGGACUUCACCAAGCGCAGCACACAGAGCGAGGACUUCUCCCGCCGCCACGUCCCCCCCGACAAGCACGUCCCCAUCGCGCUGCCCCGCCAGAACAGCAGCAGCCAAGCCCAGAUCCGCAAAAUGGACCAAGGUGGGCUGGGUGCCAGGGCCAAAGCCCCCCAGUCCCUGCCCCACAGCGCUUCCCUGCGGAGCACGGGCAGCAUGUCGGGAGUGUCGGGGGCCGUGGUGGCUGAACCCCUGCAGAACGGGAGCCGAUCCCGGCAGCAGUCCUCGUCCUCCAGGGAGAGCCCUGUCCCAAAGGUGCGGGCGAUUCAGAGGCAGCAAACCCAGCAGGUGCAGUCACCUGUGGAUUCUGCCACAAUGUCACCAGUGGAAAGGACAGCUGCCUGGGUUCUCAAUAAUGGACAGUAUGAAGAAGUAGAGGAGGAUGCAGAGCAGAAUCCAGAUGAAGUCAAGCAUGCUGAGAAGUAUGAACAAGAGAUAGCCAAGCUGAAGGAGCGCCUGAAGGUGUCGAGUCGCCGGCUGGAGGAGUAUGAGCGGCGGCUCCUGGUGCAAGAGCAGCAAAUGCAGAAGCUGCUGAUGGAGUACAAGUCUAGGCUGGAAGACAGUGAGGAGAGACUGCGCAGGCAACAGGAGGAGAAGGACAGCCAGAUGAAAAGUAUAAUCAGCAGACUCAUGGCGGUCGAAGAGGAGCUGAAGAAGGAUCACGCAGAGAUGCAAGCCGUCAUCGAUGCAAAGCAGAAAAUUAUUGAUGCACAGGAGAAGAGGAUCGUGUCCCUGGACUCUGCCAACACGCGGCUGAUGAGUGCCCUGACGCAGGUGAAGGAGCGCUACAGCAUGCAAGUCCGCAAUGGCAUCUCCCCCACCAACCCCACCAAGCUUUCCAUCACGGAGAAUGGUGAAUUCAAAAACAGCAGCUGCUAACUGGGCAGGUGCUGCCAGCCAUCAAGAGGGAGCAGACUCAAGAAACCUUUUAAAAUAAAGCCCUGCCCCCCGCCCCCUCCCCCCCCCCCCCUUCCUCUUACAGGUUUACAUAAUGCUGCUAAUGAAAUGGGAAAGUGAAAAGAACAGCUCUGAAAAGGUGGACUUUUAAUUCCCCACUCAAGGCCAGGAAAACUGAGCUCCUGAGAACAAGUCCUUCCAUAUCACUGUGUAAAUAGAGGGAGCUCUUGGGUUAUGUACAGAAAAUGCCGAUGUAAAAUACCAAAAGGAAGAAGUGAAUACUGUAGAUUUUUUUAAUUAUUGCUAUUUUUAUUAUUAUUAUUAUUAUUAUUUUUAUUAUUAUUUCUCUUGUUGAAAGCACUGCAGUCCUUGGAGGAGGAAGAGGGGAGUGUGAGUGCAUGUGUGUUGUGGGUGAGAGAGAGAUGAGCUGUGGGUUACAUUAGACAGCAGCUGUAUAUAUCGGGCUGGCUGAUACAUGAGUGGAGUGAAAUGGUAGUGAAAUGAAUUCUGUAAGAAAACUCAUCUGCUGGUUUUAUUCCCCUCUUCUCUAGCUGUUCUUUAACUGAAUGCAAACUCAAUAGCAAACAUUGUAGCAAGGAAAUGGGCUCUAGCUGGAUCCUGUACCUACUUUUCAGUAAGACUCCAGCAAAAUAUUGUCAGUCUUUCUGAACAAGGUGAAAGCUUGGAGCAGCAAAGCUUGUUUCCUUGCAUUUGCACACAGUCAGGCUUCUCAUCAAACAGAGGGAAUCUGCAGUUUUCCAAGGUAGGAUUCUUUCUUUUUUACCCCAGUUCUAACGCAGUUUUAUAUUUUCUGGUUUGAGAAUUUACAGACCUGUACAUAGGUUUUUUGUUAAAUUUCUACCCAGCCCUCACUUUAUGCACCAUGCAGCAGCACCCUGAAUUCUUUCUCUGCACUCCAUCAGGAACAGCCAGGUCAAUGCUCUGAGGAAAGGGCUAACCAAAGGGUGCCCAUGCCCAGCAAAGCAGAUUUCAUAUGCAAAAUUCCCUUUUUUCUUAGAGUAUUUAUAGAUUUUAACUACUUCAGCCCCUAGCUUAGCCAGUCUGGUUCCAAUGAAAGUUACUUUCUGCAUGUUUGUUUUGAAAGAUCUUCCAUUUCCACUGAAUUUUGCCUUUCUCUGGAUACUUUAAAUAGGGGUGUUUUUUUGAAGUUCUGGUUUUUUGUAGUUUCUGAAGUUUUUUCUUAAGGAGUUUCGACUAAGCUUUUAUCUCCAGUUACUUUCAGUUGCAUUUCAUAGAAGCAUACUUACAGGCCGUAUGUGAAUGCGUGUAUAAUUACAAAGUGACCUUCUCAUGGAAGAUAAUGACAUUUACAAACUGUAAAAGAUUAACAAUAAAUGACACAGUAUUGUCAAUUCUCAUGAUUCCAGCAAAUGCCACAAUAUUUAGUCUAAUGGGUUUUUUAAACCCCAAAUUCUAGACUCAAGUGAAAGUGUGUGAAUCUUCACUUGCACUUUUUGGUGUAAGUUUCUAGCCCUCAGGCCCCCAGAGUAAAUAAAUACAACUAUUGCAGCAGCAAUUGACAUUCUGAAUUACAGAAGUAUGCUAAUAACAGUGAGUGUGUUUAACCAUCCAAACAUGUUAUGGAAAUUUAACAUUGGAAAAGUUGGCUUCCAAAUGAGACAGAACCUCCAGCGGGUGUCUCGGUGUGGGAUGUGUUUAGCAAACAGUUCAGGCUGUAACUACGAGGUAGCUCUGGGGGUACCUGACUGAAAUCACAUCACCUGUGAUACAGGGAAGGUCAGACGUGAUUAUUCUUUCUGGACAUAGUUUCUGAAUCUCUAAAAUUACACUACAUAAAGUAGAUCUUUCUAAGCCAAUUUCCUGGCCUCCUGAAAGUGACCCUUGGUGCUUUGAACAUGAAGGAUUGGCAAUACUGAGGAUCUCCCAGUUCAGUGUCUGUUGUCAAGCUUGUUUGUUUUUUGGAAAAUGAAUUGAUCUCACCUCUGUGGGCAAAUGCAGCUUGUGUCAGAGUGCAGAAUGUUCACUGUUCUGCUGGGUUGUUGUGUUACUGUGCUUCGGUUAAAUGUCAUCACUCAAGUAUGUUACAUUACCAACUAUGCAUAAAUACAAAGACCACAUCUCCUGCACUUGUGUAACAAAAAUGUGUAUGAAGCUUUUGCCUGUUAGUUUACAUCUAGAGAAGACUUGUCUGCAGUGAGUUGGGAUUUAUGUUUAAUGCUUAGUUCAAGUCAAAGCUUCUCUGGCUGCUUGAAUGUGACUUGGUACUCCAGGCCAAGGAGCAUUCCUGUUCUGAUCUCAGUGUAUUACAGCCCGGCCAGUACUGUCUGACACGCCUGGGCUUGGGCUCUGCAUUUAUCCAUAGUGAUUGAUUUUCUGUACUUUCCAAACUGUCUUCCAGCUCCAGGUCAUUGCUGACCUCAACUGAGGCCUGAGAGCAAGUGGUCGUAGGAGUACAUUGACUAGAACCUGGCAGAAGCAGAUAAGUCAUUCUGGUAGCAUUUGGUGUAUCUUUAAUUUGGGAAAUGCAUCUCACCAGAGCUCCCCAGCUCUCUGGUGGGUAUCAAACAUCACUGGCUGAGCUGUGUGGUUCAAUGCUGAAGACUCCCAAAGGGGCCACUGUGGUUUCUGCAGAGAAAUGCAAUAGUAGCAACAUUUCAGCCCUGAUUUUUAGAGGAGAAAUAAUACCUGCCCCAAGAUUUGUACCUUUUGGUGAGGUCUGCAGUGAUGUACCAUUCUAAUAAUGCACCUUCUCCUGCAUAUUUCUUAAGCUUGUAAACUAGAAGUUGCUGUUCUAAAAGAGUCUGAGCCAUCAGCAUUGUCCUCACAGCUUGUUGCUAGGCUGGUUUCUCUUCUGUUGCAGCUUCUACCCUCAAGUGCAAAGUGUGCUCCUCUACCUCCCACUGUAGAGGAGAAGCUGCCUCUUGAUGCGGGAGAGGGUGAAGGUUGCAGGCUAAAAUUGAUUAGCUGCAGAGCAAACCGCUACGCUCCUGAGUUCUGCAGGCAGCUGUCUCUCCUAGUUUAUUACCAAGCAGCUUUCUAGAGCAAUUUUAAGCUGCUUCAAGCUGACAAUAUGUGAAAAUGCCAGCUUCUAUUUUGUCUAUUCUCAUAAAGCUCAAGUGACACUAAACCACGUGGCAGCCAAAAGGCCUGUCUAUUUUGGAGCAAGAACCCUCACCACAUUGGGUUUAAAACUACUAGCCAGUGGGUUUCUGCAGCAGUGAGAGAAGUAAAUACUGCGAAGUCUGAUGAUGAGUAUUAUAGACAUUAGGUUUUGGUUCAUACUUUCAGCAAAUGGAUCAGGCUGUGUCUAACGUUGUUGAAAGGAGCUGCUGCUCUCGUUUGGAAACAGCUGAAGUAGUCCAGAAAAAAAAUAAUAGCCUGUAGGAGUAAUGCUUGUGUGUUCCUGAGCCUGAAACAGAAGAGCUGUUCCAUCCUGGCAGCUCAGUUCUUGCCACCACGUUACUCGGUGCUGUUCUAGGAUGAUUCUUCCCAAACUUGCAAAGCUAAAAGCUCCCAGCCAGCGUGGCAGGGCAUGGAAGUAGAGCAGCCUUGUGUAGUGCUGUGGCCUUCUGCCUUGUUUGUGUGGUGUCUGCUGAGGGUGAGGAACAGGGAUGACUGGAAUGACAUGGGAUGGGACAUGGAGCAGGGAGGGAGCAUGGUUGAGGAGCAGCAUCCUCUAAAUGCCUAUUCUUUGCAACUCUUGGAAUUCAGACUUACUUAGUUAUUUUAAGGGAAAUAGAUUUCACAUCCAAGAGUUACCAACUGUUAUUUCCCUGGUGCAUUAGAAAUGGGCAGCUAUGCAUAAAAGCACAGAUUCAGACAGCUACACAUUUUGCAACAUUCCAGUGGCAUAACUCAGGCAGGAGAUCCAGAGGAGCAUGGAAAGGGAUGUGUAUAUUUUUUAGUUAGAGAAUAUGAAGUGUAUCCAGUAAAAAAUUAUUUGCCCAUCUAGUAAGUCUGAGAAAUGGGUUUUAUUUUGCAUUCUUGCAAUUUCUUUGGGUUGGAUUAGGCUUUUUCUUUUUUUAAUGCUUGCUUAAGCCCACCAGCUUUUAACUUCAUCUGAAAACUCAAUGAUUGAAGUCCAUCAAUUUUACAGCAGUGCCCGUGGUACGUGUCAGCAAAAAUUUAUCUGCUAAGGUCUCCGUGUAUGUGUGAAUUCUUCUUGUGUUCUGCAAAAUGUCUGUGUCAUUCCUGGAGAAUAAUUCCUAUCUGGGUUGAGGAAUGAAAUGUGUUUCCUUCAGUGAUUGACUUGGUCAGCUACAGGUAUCCAGCUGAGCAAAAAAGGUUAAAUUUAGGCUAAUGCUUUUAGGUAUUUCCUUCUCCACAGUAAGUUAACUCCCAUGAGAGCAAGCAUGUCAUUACAGAUCAUGCCUGCCAGGAAUCCUACCUGUAAAAAUAGAUUUUCUGUCUCAAGGGCCUUAAUAAGAGUGUUACUACACAGAACUGUUUUACAAUGAUAGCUCUAAAUAAUUUAUUUUUUAUUUCAAGAAAGUACACCUUAAAAGGUAAUAAACUUGUUUUUCAAGCCGUAUUUUUAUGCUAGUAGCACUGGACUGUUUGGUCACUGAGAUCCAUUUCUGCAUUUCAUUGCCUGGGUUUGUUCUAAAGAAGAUUUAUUUUUGUUCUGUGAAUAAUUUUUGAAGGUUCUUGUAAUAUGUACAGAUAUAGAUACAUUUGAGGUCUUUUAUUGAUAUUCCUACAAAGAAUACAAAUAAAGUUUAACUUUAAACA